CUGCCAUCGUGCCAAAUUUUUGAUCUGUGAUCUUGCCAACCCAUGUACAUUUUUACUUUUUGUAAAUCUUGUAAAAUUAAAGAUAUUCAUUAAUAAAAAAUAAAAGUGACACAUAAUAAAAAAUAUUUAUUAACCAUGGUUGUGUUAGAAGAUGAAGCCGGGGAUGCAAAAACGAUAACCACUGAGGAAAAAGUAGAAGAGAAACCCACUACUCUUCUAACACUAGAGAUAUUUCGAAUUAUCAAGGAUGCUCAGCAGCAACAUGGAUUAAGACAUGGAGAUUACCAACGGUAUCGAGGAUAUUGCUCCAGGCGUCUAAGACGUCUGCGUAAAGUGCUCAAAAUACCACAGGGAGACAGACGUCACUACCGGCGCCGAGAUGUUACGACUGUACACCUGACUGCAUCCAAUGCUGAGAACCGACUGCUGGGCGUGCCUCUACUGCAGGCCGAGCGUGCCUGGGCUCACGCGAUGCAGUUACGUCAGGAGGCGAACACCGAGCCUCGUAAGAAGUUCCAUCUCAUCGCACGCCUCAAGAAAGCAUGCUCGCACGCCCAGACCCUUUUACAAUUAUGCGAGCAAAGCGGCGUAUGUUGCGCGCGCACGCAGCUGGAGGCGGGCGCGUACGCGGCGUGGCUGGGUGGCGCGCUGCUGCUCGAGCUGCAGCAGUGGCGCCGCGCCGCAGACAGUCUGCAGCGCGCACAGCUCGUGCUCGACAACCUCAGCGCGGCGCUGCCGGAGGACGAGAGGCUCGUCUACAAGCAGAAGGUGGAAGAGCUAAAGCCUAGUUUGCGUUACUGCGCAUAUAACAUAGGCGACGAGUCCGCAGCCGGAGACUUGGUUGCAAUGCGCGGCCAGGGCCUCAUAGAAAACCUCGACACACUCAUGGCGCAGGCUAAAGAGUCCCGGUCUGGCGUAAUGCACGAAGUAGAAUGGCGCGGUCGUCGCGUCACUGUUAGGCCUGAGAAGGUCAGACUAUUCCUCAUCGCUUUGCAGGACCUUGACAAGUCUGUCGCUAACGCACAAACCGUCGAAGCUAAGAUCGAUAUACUCGAAAACGUUCUCAUGGAUUGCAAGGACGCCAUUUCUGCCAUCAAGGAAGAAAUUAAAAACGAUCCAAAACUGAAAUCAGCCUCCGAGUUGCAAGUUUCUGGUAUUAAUUAUUUACUCUCUUACGUGAUGUAUUUGCGUCUUGUUCGUACAAUAGACAGGAACAAUUUACUGGUGCAGCAAGCUGAAAAUGCUCGUCAGAAUAAUAUCCAAAUUGACGGCAAAAAAGUGCGCCCCCACGACCUAACUAGACUGUAUGAGAUAAUUUUGCAGAACUACACUGAACUGCAACAGCUACCUGGAUUUGAAAACGAUGCGGUCUAUCAACAAGAGAUCGAAACACAGAUGAAGGCAUACCGCGCGUUCCGUUGCUACUACAUCGCUCAAGUUCUGACCGGACUCCGGCGCUUCCGUGAAGCUCUAGCUAUGCUGGAGAGAUGUGAUUCUUAUGUAACUGACUCUAUAGGUAGCAAGUUAGCAGACAAACAGCUUUUGGAGAAAUUGCAAAUUUUAAAGAAAUAUAUAGAGAGCUGCAAGUUUGAAGUUCAUGCAGAUUCCGUACUAGAAGAUGAUGAGGAUCAAGAAGAAGAAAAUAAGUAUAGUGGAAAAUCCCAUAAGGACAAGAAACCAUUAGUAGAUCGUUUGGACGAGUACCGUGAAGAUACUCAGGUUUUGACUAAAAACCCAAAUAUUUAUAAAAUGCCUCCUCCAAUGGAAGCAAUUCCUUGUAAACCAUUAUUUUUUGACUUGGCAUGUAACUUCAUUGAAUUUCCCAAUUUGGAUGACAAGACAGGUGCUGCUGACAGUAAAAAACAAGGCGCCGGACUUACAGGACUCGUCAAAGGUUUUUUGGGUUGGGGCAAAAGUGACAAAUGAGGUAUUUUAUAAUGAAGAUUGUUUUUAUAUACAUUAUUAUAUUAUUAGGAUUGUAUUCAGCAGACUAAUUUUCGGUAGAUUCUAAUCUAUUUCAAAAAUGCAUCUUCAGAUUAGAAAUAAGGGAUUUGUCAUUUUAGGGAAUUGUAUUUAUUUUACAGAUACAUAGUUUAUUUACCUUUCUGUAAAUAUGAGUUCGUAACAACCUUUCAAUAAUACGAUUUGACAUGUUUUCUUUUUGAUAUGGA